AUGACUAAUAUAUGUAGAGAAUUACUUUCGAAGCCACGCAAUGAAUUAACUGAAUUUGAAAUAGCCCAAUUGGAGGAGCACGAAUUUACGUCGGGGCCUCUCUCAAUACUGCAAACGGCAGUGAGGUCCCAUACCCAGGUGUUAAUUUCAUGUCGCAAUAACAGGAAGCUACUUGCUCGAGUCAAGGCCUUUGACCGACACUGCAACAUGGUUCUAGAGAAUGUCAAGGAAAUGUGGACUGAAACUCCGAAAACCAGCGCGGGAAAAAAGGGACGUCCUGUCAAUAAGGAUCGUUUUAUCAGCAAAAUGUCCAUGCACCUUCGGAACAUUAUUUCGACGAAGAUUUGGUACAUUUCAAUUGAUAUGAGAACUCCUGCGCUUCUAUGA